GGAAUCUAAAGAUUUUCUUCUCUUCUGUCAAGUUAAGUAAAUCGGCGGAAGGAGGCCGAAAAGAGUAUUUCUCGAUUUUCGUUUGUUUAUCCUCCAAAAUGAUGAUGUCGCAGUUCCGGUGCGUUUCCCUCGCCGCAAAGCUGCUCACAUUCGGACAGCUCUCCUCCUCCCCGGUAUUUGUGGCGGGCCAAGGCAGUGCCGCCGAGGUGGAGCAGUUGGCUGCGGAUGCGUUCUCGGUUACGCAGCCCACGGAAGUAAACAACGUGACCUGCGCCAUCACGAAUGCCACCGACUACCAGAGCCGCUACACGGCUCUCGGCAACCCGAACGCAAAUGCGGAUUCUGCGCCCGCAGACGAGGAGGUCAGAAUUUCGUUCACUCAGACGCAGGACGUGAAAUACAUCACCAUCAAAAACGUGGGGGAUGCGGACGCCGCUUUGACGAAGAGUAUGUUCCUGGAGUACCAGAAGUCGGACGGCACUUACGCGGUCCUUGGCGGGCUCGAUCCCGAAACGACUAAGGCGGACGGCACCAACGUCUACACCCCGACCAUGAACGCAACCGGGCCCGUCGCCCUGGAGGCAAGCAGCCCGGCGACCCUGGCCGAUUUCUUCAACGUCGCCGCCGGCACCGAUCGGUCCGUGGUAUGAACCGCGCACAGGAAUAAAGCUGCUUCCGUUGUUUCCCGACCCCGUGUGUCUUGAGUUGCGCUGCGAAUUGUUCUGUAAUCUCUGCACCGUUUGUUUAAGUAUUUUUUUUUGCACAGAAGGAGCAGCAACAGCAGCAGCAUUUCAGCGAAUGAGGGGUUUGGGGGCCCAAUUAUGGAGAGCUUUUUUGUUUUUCCGCUUUUGUUCCAUACCUCUCCAUCACAGUCGGCAAAGUGACGCAGGGGCUGCGGCUGCGGGCCGACUCGGAGCACGCCAGCUUCGAUGCCGCCAAUGGGUCGCCCGCGGCCAUCUGCGGUCCGCCGGUGGUUUUUGUCGCGUCGACUAGUGGUCUAGCCCAGGUGGCGGUGGGCAGCACGGCGGCGGUCCAGUAUUUGCGAACCAGCACCCUGAUGAAGACCGAGCAGCAGCAAGCCUAUGAACUGCAAAAGUGUCUGGGUCUGGAUGAUUGCCAGGUUUGUCAUGCAUAUUUUGAAUGACCCAUGAUAUCUAUGAUGCAUGCCCUAGCAUCACAUAUUUUUAGGGGGCUUUGUGAUGCCUCUACCGCAUGAGAAAUGCCCUUUCCGCGUAGCACACACUGGAGUCCCCUUGCUGCUGGUCAUGCAAUACAAAUUUUUUUAGAAUCCAGCGACAGCAUUACAAGUUUAGAAUCUUCCAGACCCAGACACUUUUGCAAUCCAUAAAGCCUACUCGUUGACCAAGGGGGCGCUGGCUAUGGUGGCCGCUGCGAGAACCGCGAUGACACUGUCGUAGAAGGAGUCUAUGCAUUGCAAAAAUGUCUGGGUCUGGAAACUUGUAAUGCUGCGUUGGGAAUAGUGAAUGCUCUGUAAUGCACAGGCAAGCAUGAGAAAUAGCUGCGCUUCUUUGUGUUGCGUUUUUCGCAUGACAGACUGCGUUUUUGCAUGACAGGCAAAAGGGUCUCUUCUUGGACACACAUCACAAACUUUUUGGUCAUGCCAGACAAGCAUGACAAAUCUCAAAAUCUUCCAGACCCAGACAUUUUUGCAUUUGAUAGAGUCGUAGAGAAGGCGAUUCUUAUAGUAGUCGCUUGUUCAUCUUUUUGGUGAGGUCGAAGUAUGUACGUAGUUUUUUUUUGCAACCAGCUAAGUGAAAAAGUAUUGCGUUUUUUAUGUUUCCGUAUGGGUAUGAUGAAAAAUUGGACGUCACCAAAGCAUGGCGCGAAGUUUUUUAAGCUGCUUUGAGAAAGGAAAGAUAGAAGUCGCGAGGUGGGGGCAGUUGUUUCCAAGAAGCAACUGCGUUUUUUUUUGUUUCAAGAUGAAUUUCGAUACAAUGACUCUGUAUAAUUUCAAUGAAGUAGUAAUGGUAUAUCAGAAGGUCUGAAAGAAGAAAACCGGUCAACGGGGACAUGGAUCGAUCGAUCAGAUUCCAGACCCUUGUCCACUGCCUAGGCCGACUUUCUGCGAGAGCCCCCUGCGCGUUUUCCCGAUGACGACUCUUUUCUUUUUGCCUAUGACUCUCGAGACAAAAAUAGGUGG